AUGGACACCGCCAUAGGCGCGGCCAAGUGGGUGCUGGGCAAGGCACUGGCCCCGGUCACAGAUGGCUUGCUAGAGUCCUGGGCGGCUAGUGCCGAUCUAGAUCGCAACAUCGACGCCCUCAAGAUGGAGCUACUGUAUGCACAUGGGAUGCUCGAGAACGUGCAGGGCAGGGGCAUCCAUGGCGUCGCGCUCAAGGAGCUCCUGCACAAGCUGCAGCAGCUCGCGUACGGGGCUGAUGAUGUGCUGGAUGAGCUGGAGUACUUCCGCAUCCAGGACUCACUUAAAGGAACCUACCAUGCCGCCGGUGUGAACGAUGUGUGUUGCAUCCAAGGCAUCCGCACCAAUAUUGAACACACGGCGAGACAUGCCAUCAGCAAACUCAAGUGCCUCCCGUGCUUGGGUGCUGCUAGCCGUGGUGGUGACCAAGAAAUUGAUCCAGGUGAUCACCAAGAUUAUGACCUCUUAGGCAUACGCUUGCGUGGCAGGCGGGGCAUCGGCUCCUCGCCAUUGACACCCACCAACAAGGCAGGUGUCAAUAAAGUUGAUGGUGGAUGCAUGCCCAGGGUCAUCUCAAGUGCUCGCAACGCUGCCCACACUUUCGGUAAACACUUUCCAUGCUAUUCUUCCAUAUCUGUCCAUGGUGAUGGUGCUCAAGCUAUCAUGUCUGAGUGUGCAAGCGAGAGAGAUAUAGAAACAAAAGAAUUGAUGUUUGAUAGGGUGCAAAUGUCUCGAACAAUGAUUGACAUGGUAGGGCAGCUGAAGGAAGUAUGUGCUAAGGUCUCCAUAAUUCUUAAUCUAGAUUUGUUGGGAUCCAGCCACAACCGUACCCAAGAAAUUGCUAUAAAAAGAUCAAAAACCACAUCAGAGAUUAUAGAAUAUGAGUUAUAUGGGAGGGAUGACCAAAAAAGGAAAAUUAAAAAUGGCAUUAUUAGUCAUGAGUACUGUCCCAAACAACUUAACGUGCUUCCAAUUUUCGGACCAGGGGGUAUUGGAAAAACAACUUUUACGCAACACAUAUGCCAAGAAGUGAAUAGCUCUUUCCAGGCUUCAAUUUGGAUUUGUGUCUCUCUCGAUUUCAAUGCAGAUAGGUUGGCACAAGAGAUAGUCAACAAAAUCGAUAGAGUUGAUGAUGAAAAGCAGAAUGCUAGUGUUGAAGAACUUAUCAAACAAAGAUUAAAAGCUAAGAGAUUUUUACUCGUCUUGGAUGAUGUGUGGGUAUAUCAAGAGGAUGAGUGGGAAAAACUAAUGGCACCUUUCAGAAAGGUAGAGUCCAAGGGUAAUUUGAUUGUAGUCACAACUCGAAUACCAAAGGUAGCAGAAAUGGUUAGGACAACCAAUCAUAAAAUAGAACUGGAAAGACUGGGUGAUGCAGAUACCAUGCGUUUCUUUGAAGCAUGUGUAUUUGGUAACGAGCUACAACCAUGGGAAAAACAUUAUGAAUUAUCUGAGACUGGUCGUGAAGUAGUGCGCCAUUUGAAAGGUUCCCCUCUUGCAACUAAAACUGUAGGCAGAUUACUAAGAAAUCAACUUACUUUGGACCAUUGGGAAAGAAUACUAGAAAGCAAAGAAUGGGAACUAGAAACCAGUGAGAGUGACAUCAUGCCAGCCCUCAAACUUAGCUUUGAUUUUCUCCCUUUCCAUCUAAAACAGUUGUUUGUAUAUUGUGCUUUGUUUCCUUAA